AUGUAUGGAUGGCCUAUCACACAGGGUUUUCGAUGGGAUACGUCCACCACGAAUGCUGUGUGCGACCUUGACGCGGUGAUGGUCUUCUUUGACGAUGAUGUGAGAGGCGAGAACAACGUAGCCGCUCUCAUCGAUGACUCGGUGUACAACAUGGAGGCCGGGCUUGAGGAAGACCUGGAGAAGAUGAUGCUGGACCUUACCAGGGUGGACCCGAGAGUGUCCACCAUCGUGGCCGGGGUCCGAUCUUUGUCGAUGACCUUUCAGGCUCAUGCGGUAUCCAGCAUAAAAUGCGUAUGCGCCAGCCUCCGCUUCCGGAGGUUCAGCAACGAGGGCGGGGCGGUCGACCUCACGCCCGCUUGGCACCAACGCGUCGUGUCAUCCACCAGAAUCUUCGGAGUGCAGCACGACACGCACCACGACCAGCAGAACAACGUGGUGGUGCUGUUCAUGCUUUCGAGGCUGAACGCGUCUAGCCCUUGGAUCGUUACCGCCAUCUACGACGAGCUACGGUGUCACGAUACCACCGCGCUGAAGCACCUCAUGUCUGGCUACGUGGCGAGCCCCGCCAUCUCAGCGGUAGCGAUGAAACUGCCCAGCAUUCCGGCCUUAUGUGCGGCGCUCACGUCGAAGGCUCUCCCGCAAAUGAAGAACAAAUUUUUCGCCGAGGGGCACAGCCGAGGCCUCAGGCGGCACCCCUUUGUCCACGCGGUGUUCAUGCACCUGUACCAGACCACCAAAGGGCUUCACGUCAAGGCCGACGCGGCGAGGGUGGUGGCGAUGUUGGACGAGCUAUUCGAUCAGAUAGAUAUCAACGGCAACGACUACGUGGACUGGGAAGAGUUCACGUCGUUCUGCAUCGAGCUCGGGGUCAUCAGUGGGAAGGGAACCAACAAUGCUGCUUUCCAGCCGGACGACUUCAUUAUCGAGUACCAGCCCGUGUCUCUGCCGGGAGUGGCCCUUUGUGGGGGCGGUUCUGGUUGUGUUGGCGGUGGGAACGACGGGGCCGAGGACGAGGCGACUGUUCGUAGCGGCACCAUGAUCAGAUCCGCAGAGUCCGGGCACGGCCCAGGCAUUGCCUUCAUGACGUACGUUCCUGAGCUGAAGCAGGCAUACUACGCUGACAAGGGCUCCAACAUCCUGAAGGCGUUGGACUCCAUCGGAAAGCCCAACCAUCAGCAUGAGUUUCUGGACCCGUACUUCGUUGAAGGCCAGCACGUGGCAGUGCACACGGUGGCCUACAUUCCCGGCCGUUACCUAGUCGUGGCGCUGGGUGGAGCACGAAUCAUUGCGAUGCUCAUUUUCCUUGCUCUAUGGUCGUGCCCGCCUCGCUCGCGUUCUCUCUGCAUGAUUAUGGAUUCCCGACAAACGGAUCUCGAAAUAAUGAUAAAGUUCUGCAGCGACCACAGCGUGAAUCUCAUGAAGGAAGUCAAGAACCGGAGGGGGUGCACACACGGCUACCAUAGCGAGGCGAAGGUGAUGCACCAACUAAUGCACCGCAAGAUCAUGUGGGAACCGUGCUUCCAGAAACUUAUCUCCGUUGGCUCCGACAACCAUCUCUACGAGUGGGAGGCAAGGCAGAAGUUCUCAGGCGAUGCCCCCACCAUAAGACGUUUGGAAAGGAAAUUCGAGAGUCGUACGCUCAGAAACACGUGCGCCAACAAUAUGCCCUCAUGGACGGAUGAUGUCCCUGCGGAGUACGGAACGGCGCCCAAAAGAUGCUCGGAGCUUUACGUCUCCAUCAGUUUCUUCCCAUCAGUGGGUGCCAAGCGCAUUCAUCUUCACCCCGAGCACUGCAACACUAUCACGGACAUCGUCUGUAUCGCGGAGAAGGAGCUCGUCGUCACUAGCUCCUUGGACAGGCGUGUUUGCGUGUGGCAGAUGCCGACCUGGAAGCUCCGCGCAAUGUUCCGCGACCACACGCUCGGUGUGCAGGCGCUUUCGUACCUCCGCGGCACUCUCCUCUCCGCCGGUUUCGACUGGGAGAUAAUCGCCUGGGACGCGGAUCGGUUGGAAAAGAUAGGAACCAUGAACGGACACAAGGCACCUGUCACGACAGUCGCACAGGUACAGGGGAGUUUCAUGUGCAUUCAGCACCUUCGCGAAUUCCCGACAAGCGCUCUCGCACGGUUCGCAUUUAAUGUGUUCUUGUCGUUUCCUACACCCCAUGUUCCGGAUGGACCACCACUCCCGAAGAUGGUCUGCCCAACGAACUACGAGGACAUGAAGGCUGUCUCCGCUGACUGCAACCACGAAAUCAGGGUGUGGGACCUGAGUGGUUGCAUCGCAGGAGGCAACACGAUCCCAUGCCUCAUGGUUUUCCGUCUGCCUCAUUUCCCGGGCACCAUGCAAGGGCCAAAGCAAAUAUUCCUCCCUUUCGACCAAGAGCUGUCAGUAAAGGGGUAA